AGAAAAAAAAGGAAGCAGCAGCAGUAGCAUAAUGGUAAGCGGAGGGAGGGUGUCAUCGCUAUUCGCUGCUCUUCCCGAUGCUUUCUCUCUCUUUGCUAAUUAGAUUCAAAUCCCUCACACUUCACUACUCUCCCUCACCUUCUACCUCUUUUACGCUUUUUCGCAUGGCCACUACCAGGGCUUCCUUCUCCUCCUCUUCCUCGUCUUCUUCAUCCUGUUCCGUCCCCGCCGGUGAUGGUGUCAGCCCUCCCUCGACUGGCGUCACAGCUCCUUCCUCUGCCAUCGAUUUUCUCUCUCUCUGCCACUGCCUCAAGAAAACUAAAAGAACUGGAUGGGUACGGAGGGAAAUUAAGGAUCCAGAGUCCAUAGCUGAUCACAUGUAUCGAAUGGGAUUGAUGGCUCUCAUUGCCUCGGAUAUUCCUGGUGUUGAUCGCGACAAGUGUAUAAAAAUGGCAAUUGUUCAUGAUAUUGCAGAAGCCAUUGUUGGGGACAUUACCCCUUCAGAUGGGAUUUCGAAGGCAGAGAAGAGUCGACGAGAACGGGAAGCAUUAGACCACAUGUGCAAAUUACUUGGUGGAGGAUCAAGAGCCCAGGAAAUAGGUGAGUUGUGGUCGGAAUAUGAGGAGAAUUCUUCACCAGAAGCUAAAGUUGUUAAGGACCUUGACAAGGUGGAGAUGGUACUUCAAGCCUUGGAAUAUGAAAAUGAGCAAGGGAAGGAUUUGGAGGAGUUUUUCCAGUCUACCGCUGGAAAGUUUCAGACUGAAAUGGGCAAAGCCUGGGCGUUGGAAAUAACAUCGAGAAGGAGUAAACGAGGUUGAUUUCAAUCUGAAGUCUUGAAUAUGAUUUUGUGACUUGUCAUGUCCAAGCUUUGGCAGACUUCACAGGGUUAGUUCUGAAAUCUCAUGACUGUAAUAUCCUGAUUUUUCUGACUACUUUCAAUAAAAACUUCGAACUCAA